AGACCUAGAAUGGUGCAAACCAGUGAGCCGAUGGCUCGAACACCCAUACAAUUUGGGGAAAAUAUGCGAAUCACAGUGGCGGCCAGUCAGGGCGGUCGUCGUUAUAUGGAGGAUAGAUGUGUAAUUCACACUGAACGAAUCAACAAUGGCCUUCUCGAUUGGACGUUUGUCGGAGUUUUCGAUGGACACGGCGGUGAACACGCUUCAGAAUACGUCCGCCGCCAUUUAUUGAUGAAUAUUACGAAAAAUCAAAAAUUCGAGUCAAAUUCGGAUGAGGAUAUUCUCGAAGCAAUUCGGCAGGGAUUCCUGAUGACUCACGAACAAAUGCGCCAUGUUUAUGACGAAUGGCCAUAUACAGCAAGUGGAUACCCGUCAACUGCCGGUACAACAGUUAGCUGCGUUUUUAUUCGAAAUGGAAAACUCUACACUGGACACGUCGGAGAUUCCGCCAUUUUUCUUGGAACCGUUGAAAACGGAGAACUGCAUUCCCGACCACUGACAACAGAUCAUAAGCCAGAAUCGGUUCACGAGCAGCUGAGAAUUGCAAAAGCCGGCGGUGAAACUGCUGUAAAAAGUGGUGUAACACGUGUUGUAUGGAAACGCCCACAAAAAAUGAGCCAAUUUAUGAUGAUGACGAGUAAUAGUAAUGAACAGAAGCACCACCAGAAUCCACAAAUUAUGGAAAAUAUUCCAUUUUUAUCCGUUGCCAGAAGUUUGGGCGAUUUGUGGUCUUACAACGAAAAGACGAAUAUGUUUAUUGUCUCACCGGAACCUGAUUUGGGAGUCCACCGGCUGACAGGAAAUGACUUUUGCCUCGUACUAGCUUCUGAUGGAAUGACAAAUGUAAUGACUGGUGAUCAAGCAAUAUCAAUUGUAUUUAAAGAAGAAGAAAUGGUUGAAAUUCAUGAAGAAAUCAAUCGAAAUCAUUCGAGAUGUGUGCUCCGUUCGGCUCUACAGAAAUGGAGAUCACUGAGAGCUGAUAAUGUGACAAUUGCCACUGUUAUAUUCGAUAUUGAGCCAAUUAAGUAUACAGAUGCCGAGAUGCUCAUGAAAGUUGGCAAAUAUGUUAAUGCGUCGCAGGUGCUCACAGAUCGUCCAGACGCGAUGCUAAAAGUAUCAAAAAAUGAAAAUAUUCUAUUAUCAACUCAACGUACACCAAUAAUCUAUAAUGGGUCAAAAGAUGUCAAUUUCUGUCGUGUAACGUACAAAGGACCCGGUUUUCGUACUCAUGAAGACGAAUUAUUGGAAGAAAGACGAAAUUUGAUGAGCAAAUUUGGUGGUGUUGAUGGAGGAGCCGCAAUUGCUAUAGCCGGUGGACCACCAGUUGAUGCGAGACGUGGAGAUACUACUGGGAAAGACGAGAAUAAUGUGAAAUAUGAUGUUAAUGGAGAAGAGGACGAUAUUAUCAAUGAUAUCACCACUGAAGAAGAAGCAUCACAGGAAAUUGAUCUGAGCUUGAGAUUGGUUCAGCGUUCUACGGCAGUAACAAUAAUAGAAUCACCAAAUCGUCCACCACGUCCACAUGCUCCACGUCCAGUAUUCAUUGAUGAUUCAAUUAUUGAAGAAGAAAAUGAUGGAAAUUUGGAUGAAAAAUCACUGAUUGGAGUACAAAUUACACCAUCACGUACUUCACCAGGACACUGUACUGUACGACGUGUUAAAGCUGAAGCUGUUCGAAAACUUAGAACACCGAAAAUGUCGACGAUGGAUGAAUCCAGUAGCAGCAGUACCCCGCCAGACCGUCGUAUUACUCGUUCCGCAUCAAAAGGACUAAAAACUCCGCCAACUCCGGAGCCGCCACGUGGAAUAAUUGGAGUAAAUCCGAAUUUAACAGCCGACGCUGUCCUCCUACUGACACCCCGCCGCCGACGAUCGACAAGAAUUCAAAAUUCAUGUGCUUCUGCUGCUGCUCCUGGAGCAGCUUCACUAUCGACUGAAAAGCUUACACAGAGCAGCAGAAAAAGAGCACGAACUUGUGCUGUUGGAGCAGCUUCUGGUGUUACACCAGUUGUUGCUAGUUUGACGCUGCAGGAUCAUCAACUCCUCCGCCCACACACACACGCCCCGCCUCCAACUCCAUCUCGCUCCGCCCCCUCGUCGCCAUCGUCGAAAAAAUGUGAAAUUUCUUCUUCGCUAAAAACGAGUAAAUCGGCAAAAGCUUCAUCUCUAUCGAAACUGGAUGAUGGAAUUAUUCGAGUUUCAGAAAUUGCAGACGAAGAAGAUGAUGAUGACGUCACUAUGAUGAGGGGUCCACCGUCGAAAAUGCGACGAUUUUUUGGAUAUAUGAAAAAAAUGGUUUGGGGGAAGUAGUAAUAAAGUUUUUUUUGAGAUUUUUUAGACGUUUUUAGACGCGAAAAUUGGCUGAAAAUUGAGGCUUUUGACCGAAAAUUUGCAAAAAUCGAAUUUUUUGGCCGAAAAUUUUCAUUUUUCGCAAAAAAAUCACCCAAAAACUGAUUUUUUUUUGUUGAGUUUUUUACAGAAAAAAUUCAAAUUUUGAGAAUUUUGAGCUAAAAAUUUGGGCAAUUUUUACGGAGAAAUGCUCAAAAAAAUGAAUUUUAUGUUAAAAAUCGAGUUUUUUCGCUUAAAAAAGUGAAAAUUCCGCCAAAUUUCAAAUAUUUUCCAGCUAAAAACUUUGUUUUUGGACUAUUUUUUGGCUAAAAAAUCCAGUUUUCACAUUAAAAAUUGCCGAAAAUUUGAAUUUUUGGGUCAAAAAUCGCUGAAAAAGCAAAUUUUCCACCUAAAAACCUCGAAAAAUGCUCAUUUUCCCCAAUUUUCCCCCCGUCAAAUUUUGAAUAAUUAUCAACAUUUUUCCUGGUAUUUAAAUUCACUGUCGGUCUCUCUAUUUUUCCCCCAUUUUUCCACUUUUCACCCCAUUUCUCACUAGUUUGUAUCAUUUUUUGUGCUCCGAGCUUUCGAUUCUUUGCUCUUUUACUCGAAGAUCAUCAUCCAUCCAAUUUUUGUUCACUUUUACCGGCUCGCGGAGCACAUUUUUCGGCAUUUUUGGCCAUUUUUUUGUUGGAAUUUUUGAGAAAAUUUCACAAAAAUUGAAGAAUUUUAAGCUAAAAAAGUGGAAAUUUCAGCGAAAAUAUGGAUUAUUUUUACUGAUUUUAUCACUGAAAAAUUCAGAAAAAUUGGGAUUUUCUAGGAUUUUUUCACUGAAAAACUUGAAAAAAUCCCACAAAUUCUGGAAUUUUCACUGAUUUUUUUUCUGGAAAUUUGAACAAUUUUCAGCCAAAAACUGAAAUUUUCCUGAAAUUUCUCUAAAAAUUUUGGCGAAAAUUCAAAUUUUCAGUUGAAAAACCAAUUUUUCUGAAAAAUUUCGCUUUUUUCUCCAAUAAAAAUGACCCAAAAAUUCCAAUUUUUUUUUUCAAAAAUUUGUAAAAUUUACUCGAUUUCUCUCAUUUGUUCUUUAUUUAUUAUUAACUAAAAUAUCACAAAUUUCUUAUAACUAUUCACCUCCCAAUCCAUCCAUCUUAUCCUAAUUAUUUGAUUUUUUUUGUGAAAAAAUAAGAAUUUGAACAUUUUCA